AUGGCAGUAACAACAAAAGCAACAAUAGCCUCCUUCGGCGGUAAACUGCUCAAACUAAGCCACAAUGCCAAAACCACCAGCUGUGAAAUGAGCUUCAACCUCUACCUGCCGCCGCAGGCCGCAGAAAAGAAAGUGCCACUGCUCAUCUAUCUCAGUGGAUUGACAUGCACGGCAGAGAAUUGUUCAGAAAAGGGCUUCUUUCAGCAUGGCGCGAGUCAAAGGGGGAUUGCGGUGCUGUACCCUGAUACUAGUCCACGAGGUCUUGGUAUUCAAGGUGAAGACGACGCAUAUGAUUUCGGUAGCGGUGCUGGGUUCUACGUCGACGCUACGCUGCCCCCUUACGACAAAGGGUAUAAUAUGUACAGCUACAUAACCGAGGAAUUACCCGCAACUGUAUUUGAGGCGUUCAAAUACCAAAUCGAUGCAGAGAGGGUUAGUAUCACGGGUCACAGUAUGGGUGGACAUGGCGCUCUUACUCUUUUCCUCCGCAACCCCGGCAAAUACAAAUCCGUCAGCGCCUUUGCGCCCAUUACGAAUCCCAUAAACUGCCCCUGGGGCCAGAAGGCCUUCAAAGGGUACUUUGGCUCCGACGCCGCCGCGCAGGAAAAAUGGAAGGAGCAUGAUGCCACUGAACUCGUUAAGAAAUGGACGUCGGGCCCAUUGAAUGUGCUGAUCGACGUUGGCACGGGGGAUAACUUCUAUAAACAGGGACAAUUACUUCCGGAAAACUUUGCGAAGGCGGCGGAAGAGGCGGUUAUUAUACGAUGGCGACGUUUGCGGGGGAUCAUGUUGAGCAUGCUGCGAAGUAUUUGUUUGCGUAAAAUUCUACGACAACGACCGUAA